AAUAUAGUUACAGUGAGGUACUCCGGUAAGUUUGGAGUCUAAAAUAACUCCCAAGAAUUUUACCUCAGAUUUUACAGGGAUAGGAUUAUCCAUAUAAAGUACGUUAAACUCAGGAAUGAUUCUCUUUCUAGAAAAUAAAACCACAGUACUUUUAGUAACCGAUAAUUCCAGACCAUUGAGAUUUAACCAUUUAUUUAAUUUAAAAAGGGAAGACGAUAAAUAUUUACUUGCAUUUUGUAUACACUUGUCCGAGAUAUAUAGUAGGAGAUCAUCUGCGUAUUGCAAGACGUUUACGUUUGUGUUUAAAAAUAUCUCUAAGUCACAAGUAUAUACAUUAUACAGCAAUGGACUAAGGACCGACCCCUGCGGUAGGCCUCUCCAUACCAGCCUUGAAAGUUGAGUACCAUUGUGUAGGUCUAAUUUAAUACAUCUCUCAGAAAGCAUAUUGAUGAUAAAUUUGAUUAAUAUUUGGGGAACAUGGAGGUCAUGUAAUUUAUUGUGUAAGACGGAGAUCAACACAUUAUCGUACGCUGAGCUAAUGUCAAGAAAGGCCGCAAGAACUGCCUCAUUCUUCGAGAAUCCUAACCUAAUAUCCGAAACAAGUAUAUUAAUAUUGUCUAUGGUGCUACGACCUUUUCUAAAUCCCAGCUGAUUGGCUGUCAAAAUAUUAUUAUGUUCAAUGAAAAAUUCUAACCUAUUUUUAACAAGAUGCUCAACUAAUUUGGCAAGAACAGAAGAGAGGGCAAUUGGACGAAAAGAAGAAACAUCAGAGGCUGGUUUAUUAGGUUUUAAUAUGGGAACUAUUAUUUGUGUUUUCCAAGAAGAAGGAAUGUUACCAGACAACAUAAUUGCAUUAAUAACACACAAAUAAUAGUUCAAAGAAGCGUCAUUGCAGUUAAUCAAGAAUGAGUAUGUAAUACCGUCUUCGCCUGGAGAUGAGUCUUUUACAUAAGACAACACCCCUUUCAGUUCGGAUAAACUAAAGGGGGCAUUACAGAGUAAGGAAUACAGCACUGGGCAUUAUUAAAGUUUGGAACAUAUGGAGGAGCCAACUUGUCUAUAAAUUGAUCGGCUAGCUCAAUUGGUAAGGUACCUGAUGAAGAUGAAUAGAAAGCCGACUUAAAUCUUCUAAUAUUUCUCCAAACUAACGAUGGGCAAAUAUCUGGACUUAUGGAUUCGCAAAAUCGUCUCCAACCCUCAAAUUUCUUCUUUUUGAGAAGCUUGCUAGUUGAACGAGCUAUUUGGGUAUAUAUUUCAAAGUUCUCUGCAGUCAUCACAGAACAAUAUUUUUUUUCAGCCUCUUUCCGUUGCUUGAUGGCUAUAGUGCACUCAUGAUCCCACCAAGGAGGAAAUGGAAUUUUACCCUGUCUAUUACCUUUUAAUGGAAAUAAAGUGUUAGCAGCAUCAAUUAAAAUUUUAGUAAACUCAUUUGAACAUAUUGUUUCAUUACCACCAUUAACAAUAGGAAGACUAGAUAUCUUUUGAUCAACAUAAUGUUUAAAUGUAUUCCAGUUAUCUGGCAGUUUAUGCUUUAGUUUAUAUAUUGUACUAUAUAUAUAUUAUGUAUUGUAUUUUACUAUAUUGUAGAUUAGAAUAAGGGCUAGAGAUAGGUAAAAUAAGUACAAUAGGUGCAUGAUCACUGCCAUAAGUGUGGUCAAGUACACUCCAGGAUAUCAGAGAGGCUAAACUUGGAGAGCAAAGUGACAAGUCUGGAGCACUAGGGCCUUCACCAGGGCGAGUGCGUCGAGUUGGAGUCCCAUCAUUCAAUAUACAUACAUUUUGAGAAUCUAAAAUAUCUGUCAUCAAUUCACCAUAAUAGUUAGUGUUAAAACUUCCCCAUGAUUGAUUUUGACAGUUGAAAUCCCCAAGUACUAAGAAUGGGCAAGGCAAAGUAGAUAAUAAUUGACUAAACUCAUUAUAUAAGGAAGUGGAAGGGUGAGGUAUGUACACAGAAAUAAUACAAAUUUUAUUUACAAUCACAGCAAUGGCAUUAAUGCCAUCACUGAGAGGAGGGAGAGAAAAAAUCUUAUAUGAAAAAGUGUUCUUAAUGAGAAUGGCCACUCCACCAAACCCAUCAAAUCUAUCACUUCUUACAGUAACAAAACCAGAGAUCCUAAAGGGAAACUCUGAUUUUAACCAUGUCUCAGAGAGACAUAUAGCCAUAGGCUUAUAUUUAUUUAUUAAGUAAAUAAUAUCUAUUUUUUUGCUAACAGCACUCCUACAGUUCCACUGAAGGAUUUUGUGGUCCAUAAUUAUUAAAGUUUUGGUUUAAAGCUGUCAGUAAAGAAUUGGCGACGUUGGACGGUAAAAAGUUAGUAUUUGAAAAUGAACAACUAGAAUUUGAAAGUAAUUUGAUAAGUUCCAAAAUUAUUUCAGCAAUAGAUUGCUGAGGGAUUGUAUUUGAUCUCUGUUUCAAAACAUUACCAUCAGGCAUUUGAGAAUUGUGAUUAUUAUAUUCGUUGUUAAUUGUUUCAUGCAUGGAGCGGUCAUACCCUCCGGUUUGUUUAGGAGGGGCACGACGUUGAGUGAAAACAGUUUUUUUAUGAGAACUGUUAGAUGCCAUAGGUUCAUAUGAUCCAAAGCUAGAGGUAGGGUGUUUUUCAUCAGACUUGGGAGGAGAGGAAGCUGCUACAUCAGCAUACAAUUUUGAUGUUGGAGGGUGGAUCUUGGCUGCUUCUGCAUAUGAUAAACAGCUCUGGGCCAUUGAAAUUUUAAUCUUUUGCUGUCUUGAGAACUCUGGACAUACUUUACUAGUGGCAAAGUGGCGACCGGAGCAAUGGAGACAGCAAGAGUUUUCAUAUAUAACUGAACAUGUUUCUGAGGUAUGAUCAUCACCACAUUUAAAACAACGUGGUUUUGAUCUACAGAGGACUUUAGUGUGGCCAAAUUUGCAGCAGUUAUAGCACUGUAUUGUGGGGAAAAUAUAUAGUUCUACCGGGAGAGCUGUGUAACACAUGUACACCCUUUUAGGUAGCACUUGUCCAUCAAAAGUCAGUACUACCAUGUUGGUGUUGGAGAAUGAAAUUUUGCCAUCAGUUAUAUUUUUCUUUUUGAUUCUCCUAACCUUGAUAAUUUGGCCACAUCCUAUAGGAACAGUGAUAUUUUCCUGAAUUUCUUCCUCCGACCAUUCCUGGGGCACACCUUUUACAAUACCAACUCUUGUAAUAGUGAAGCUAGGAAUAAAAACUUUAUAAGAAAGAGCAAUUACAGAAUUCUCAGUGAAUAAAUUUGCAUCUUUAUAAUUUGUAAAAGCCAUGGAAACUCUAUUUCUGCCAAUACGCUUUAAACUACCAUUGACAAUGUUCUUAAUGUUAAUUUUUUUCAAAUCUUUACCAAAUUGGAUUGGGUGUAAAGUAACAGGGUCCGUUGGGGAUGAUGUUAUUUUUUGGACGUGAACAGUGAAAGGGCCUGAGUCUGAUUCCACAUAUUUUCUGUUUAGAGGUUUUGUACUUUGUGGAGGGAAGGAGGUCGGUAAGUCAGUUUUUUCACUAUUUUCGUUAUUUAUUUCAAUAGGAACUGAUUUAUCAUCGGAGUCAUCAGAACAUUUACACUGAUCAUAUACUUUUCCGUCUUUACUUUUACGUUUUUUAGAGUUGCAAUGUCUGCACCUUUUACGGGGUUUACUACGUUUCCGUUCAGAUUUAGGAAAGAGACCAUCCUCUGUGUCCAUUGAGGAGUCCUCAAUGGUAAUAUUAUAUGCUACAGAAGGUGUUUUUGUAAACGUUAAAGGAGGUCCAGGGCCGGUUCCCGGACCGCCGGGAUCGUCUGGGGGAUCGACCCCCAUAGUAUAGAAAAGACACUUACCAAAUAUUUAAAUAUGUAUACUAUUUACACAAUUUUAUAUAAAUAAGUAAUAAUAAUAAUAAACUAACAACUAUUUUACACUCUACUGAUCCACUUUACAAUUAUUUAUAAUCGAAAACCAAAAACACGUCCGCCAAAUUAGAAGUUUCCCGCGCUUUUCCCAAUAUAAAGGUUAUAUACCCUGUACCGUGGACGACUUUCUCUGUCUACGCCCUUAGUUCUACUUAAGCACAGAAAAGAUAUUACAACCAGUAGUUGGACUUCAUACUAGAGGUCGAAACGCGAGCUAUACCUACGCUCCUUGAACAUGGGGUGAUCGUAGGGUGAAGACAGUCGCGACCAGGCCGGGUCAACUCUCGAACAAAGUUUGGUUAUACCUACGGGGGCUAGACCUGUGGUGUCAUCAUCCAUACGGUUCUACCGUCUGGUAGUUGUAGCAAUAUUAUUAUCGUUAGUAGCUCACGCCUGACAUAAUAUUGUGAUAAAUCUAAUACAUUUUUAGAUUUAAAUAUGACUUUAAUAACUGAAUAAAUACUUUUCUUCUACAAAAAUAUAGAGAGACACUCUCGUUGAAUAUUGUUUUAGUAACGUAUGGGUAAGAUUUUCUAAACGAAGUGUGGCAGCCCCAAUUUCUUAAUAAAAAAUAAAAAUGUGAUAAAAUGAAAAUGGCGUCAUUUCACCAAAUAUUUUAAAACACAAAUUCACAAAUAAUAAAAUAAAUGUUUGCCACGGCCUGUUAAUAUUUAUGAAGACCUCUUCAUGGAUUGGAUUUAAGCAAUCUGCUGUGUAAUAUCCUCGCCAUUCUUGAUGUUGAGAAGAUCUAUAAGUCUUUUACGUUUCAUCUGAGUGUUGUGGUUUUUCAUUAUGUUAAAAAUAAGACUUUGUUAGUUCAAGUGUCUCUAUAACUAUGAAGAAGAACAAAAGAAAAUGCUUUGAGUGUGGUUCUUCGCCUGCCGAUGAUCCAGAGAAGACCCUACAGAGAUUACCGAAACUUGAUUCUACAAAUUUAGUCUCCGUAAUGUCCAGAUAAUCAAUGAUUAGACCAUUGGACUUUUAGAAUAAAUUUUACAUUGAACUAUGAAUGGUUUGUCAUCUACAUUUUUAAAAAAGACGAGAUGUUUUGCCUGUAAGAAGAAAAGAGAGAGAGAGAAUAAGAAGCAAUCCUGCUUCUUCUCAUGAAUUUUACCCGCAUGACGACGGUUUUUAAUAUAAAAAAUAUUUACAAUGUCUCAAAAAGCAAUCUAAGCUUUGAAAAAUAAACAAUGUUCGCAGAAGUUUAGUACCAACAAACUUACAAAAAAUGAGCCCAAAUUUAGCAUUACUUGCAAGCCAGACUAAGAAAUUUCAAGAAGAUAAUUUAAAAGAAGACAAUAGACUAAAAUAAUAUUAACACACAAUGCUUAGCAAAUAUAGCAUUAACAGAUGGAAAUCAGGCAAUAGGUGUAGCAAAAUAGAAGAUGAAGGUCUAGCUGUACCAGUCAGUGCUGAGCCACAGUUGCUGCUGGCAUAUUUGCAAAAUAGCACAAGGUGUAGCAAAAUAGAAGAUGAAGGUCUAGCUGUACCAGUCAGUGCUGAGCCACAGUUGCUGCUGGCAUGUUUGCAAAAUAGCACAAGGUGUAGCAAAAUAGAAGAUGAAGGUCUAGCUGUGCCAGUCAGUGCUGAGCCACAGUUGCUGCUGGCAUGUUUGCAAAAUAGCACAAGGUAACCUGCUUCAUCAUCAUUAUCAGCCUAUUUUAACGACACUACAGAGCCAGACCUUAUAGAAAAGGGGUUAUGGAGCUUAGACCCACCACACUGCUACAAUAAAGGUUGGUGAGCUAAGGGUGAUAAA